AUGAGGCCACGGCUACAGCGGCUUGUGCCGCUUCUCUUCGUCUUUCUCUCACUAUUCUUAAGCGUUUCUUCGGAGCAAAGUAGGGAGGCUUGGGGGUCAAGAUGGGGGAACACGGACGGAGACGUAAACCCGCACCAGGGCGUACUGGCCUUCGACGAUGCUAUGGCGCUUCUACACACGAUCAAACCGGCUACGGCGCCGUGGUGGAACUUUGACAAGAAGUCUGGCAUACUGGGGACUAGCGCCUACUACGCAAAGGAGGUCUUCUUUCUCCUCUUCAUGAAUGGACCGCCACAGCAGGAGCUGUUGACAACGAACCCGCAACCCAAGAAACUUGGACAGCCGCUGUCACAAGCCGUCGACCUAUUGCAAGAGGCAGCGGCCCAGAAGAACCCAGAUGCAAUCUUUACUCUCGCCGAGAUGAACUUCUACGGCAAUUACACGCACCCGCGCAAUUACUCCGAAGCCUUUCGAAGAUACCACGAGCUCGCGACUCUCGAUGGGAAUGCCUCGGCACAGCACAUGGUUGGCUUCAUGCACGCGACUGGCAUCGGUGGAGCAGUCAAGCAAGACCAGGCCAAGGCCAUGCUAUACUACACAUUGGGCGCUGAAGGCGGAGACGUGCGGUCGGAAAUGGCUGUUGCGUAUAGGCAUUCGGCAGGCAUAUCCACCCCGCGUAAUUGCGAUGAGGCUGUCUAUUUCUAUAAAGCGGCAGCUCAGAAGGCUAUCGCAUAUAUGCGAUCUGGACCACCAGGCGGACACUCUAUGCCGCGGGAGUCAUACAACAUCGCCGAUGAUCAAGGUGGUGUGUAUGGUGAGGGGGCAAGUACGAGCAGUUCUGGGCCCAACGCCAAAGUCGCAAGCGCUCAAUCCGAUGCCUUCUCCUCCCUCGACGACGUUUUUGAGUACAUGGAUCUCCAGGCCCGAAAGGGCGAUGCUAGGGCCACAUUCAACCUUGCUAAACUUAACUACGACGGCGCACGAACCUUGAAGCGCGACCUUCCAGCAGCCAAGAAACGAUUCUUGGAGCUUGCUCGUAUGUACUGGACUAAGGACGGAAAGAUCAACGCGAAUGUGUCGCCGACCACCGAGAAGCUGGCUGCGAAGGCCGCUGGCUACCUCGGCCGCAUGUUCCUGCGUGGUGAAGGCAUGCCGCAGAGUUUCGAGAUUGCGAGAACCUGGUUUCGACGUGGCAUGGAACUAGGCGAUGCGCUGUCCCAGUACUCCAUGGGUAUCAUGUACCUGAAAGGUCUCGGUGUACCUCAGGAUGCCGUAAAGGCUGCGGAACUGUUCGGCGCAGCCGCAGACCAGGAUCUGGCAGUUGCACAAGUUCGACUUGGUGCGCUCUUUCUGGAUCAAGGAGACAUCGCCAUUGCCGCCAAAUACUUUGAGCUUGCAGCUAGGCACGGACAUCUCGAGGCCUUCUACUACUUGGCUGAAAUGACGCAUAACGGGAUCGCCCGCACCAAGUCUUGUCCUUUGGCGGCCACAUACUACAAGAUUGUCGCAGAGAAGGCCGAGCUUGUCUCUACGUCUUUCCCAGAAGCUAAUGAGGCUUAUGCGAAUGGCGACCUAGAGACCGCACUCGUUGGCUACAUGAUGGCAGCCGAACAGGGCUUCGAAGUUGCACAGGCCAACGUGGCCUACCUCCUCGACCAAGUCAAGCCUCGCUUCACGUUUGACUCCCUGGUUCCCUUCAUGAAGCAGAAGACUUCGCUAGCUAGCGAUGCAUUCCUGGCGCUGGUAUACUGGACGCGCUCUGCGGAACAGAAGAACGUCGACGCAAUGGUCAAGAUGGGAGAUUACUACCUGAUGGGCCUCGGAACACAACCUGAUUCUGAGAAGGCUGUGGCUUGUUAUACAGCAGCAGCAGAGACCAUGCGGAGCGCACAAGCCAUGUGGAAUCUGGGCUGGAUGCAUGAGAAUGGCAUCGGUAUUGAUCAAGACUUCCAUCUUGCCAAAAGACACUAUGAUCUGGCCUUGGAGACAAAUCCACGAGAGGCGUACCUGCCAGUCAUCUUGGCAUUGUACAAGCUCAGGAUUCGGAGCUGGUGGAACACCUUCACAAAUGGCAAUAUCAAGUCUAUCCAAGAGGAGCCUGUCGUCAAGAAACAGUGGACGCUUUCGGAGUGGCUCAACGCAUUCCUCGAAGCCGAACUUGCUGGCUGGGAUGAAUACGAGCCUGACGACUACGACGACACGCAUACCGCCGGCGACGACUAUUACGGUGACGGCUACCACGGCGACGAUAUCGAUUCGGACAUCCUCGAGUCUCUCAUUAUCCUGGCUCUGAGCGGCGCUUUGGCCUUCUUACUGUACUACAGGACACAGAGGCAGAGAAGACAAGAAGAAGAGAGAAGACGGCAACAAGAACAGCAGCAACAGCUGAAUCAGGGUUUACCGGUACAGCAGCAGCAAGCCCAGGGACAACCGCCGCAGGAUAGGGGACUGUUCCCAAAUCCAAACGAUCCUGAAUUCAUGGAUUGGGUAGCAGGUGGCGUCGGGCAUUGA